CUGCGCAAUUAUAAAAUUGCGUGAAAACAUAAAUUAUGUACGUGAAUAAUGAAACUUGGAAAAUUUCUCUAAUAAUGAACCUAAACUGUAAAUUAAUUAGUAGUCCCCAUCAGCCUAACACAGAGCAAAGUCCAAGUCAACCCUCCUUUGCCAACCCAUUGCAAGAAAGACUUCCAUUUCCCACCAACUCUCCCCUGUUUUUCCCUUCUCUUCCUUCUUUCCCCUUCUCAAUCCCCAUGACCAUUUCGCAGCUUCCAUCGCAGCAACAAUGUACCUUCUACCACUCUUCCUCUUCCUCUCCCUCUUCGCCUCCUUCGCCGCCGCAUUGUUACCGCUCGACGGCAGCCUCACCGGAUGCAACGAGUCCUUCUCCUGCGGCACCACCAUCACCAACAUCGAGUUCCCUUUCACCGGCGGUCGGCGCCCUCACUACUGCGGCUUGCCCGGAUUCAACCUAACAUGCCUCGACAAUUCAAUCACCCUCAUCACCAUCAACUCAAUUUCAUACAGAGUCCUCCGCAUCGACGAGUCCCGACCCACCAUGACCCUCUCCCGCUCCGACCUCCACGACACCGCCGGCUGCACCCGGGACGUCCAGAACACCACCCUCGCCGGAUCCAACUUCACCGCCGCCGCCAACACCGAAACCCUAACCCUCUUCUACAAUUGCAAUUACACCUCCUCUGGCUACGGCGACUACAACCCUCCGAACCUCUUCACUUGUAAUCUGGGGGGAGAGAGCGAGGCCGAGUUUUAUCUGGCCGGCGAGGUCGCCGACGAUGUCAGCAGCAUGCUUCGCUCUCGAUGCAACACUUCGUUUACCGUCCCCAUUUCCGACGCUUAUGCUGGGGUGAUGGCGAAUGGGUCGUUGCUUUCCCCUGCUUUGAGAGCUGGGUUCGAUGUGAAUUAUAACGAUUCGUAUUGGGAUGAUUGUUUUCGGUGUUAUGAGGAGAAUCACGGAGCGUGUGGGUUCGAUUCUGAUUCUGGGAACUCGAUUUGUAUCUGUGGCGAUCGGCUGUGUCCAGAACGUAAAUCGAACAAAACAACAGUUGCGAUCGGAGCAUCGGCAGGAGCUGUGGCUGUUCUUGCAGGGAUCAGCCUGUGUUUCUGGCUGUUUGUCAGACAGAGGAGGAUAAAAAAAGCAGCACAAAUUAUGAGCAAAGAUCUCUCCACGCCUCCAUCUUCUGCAACGAAAGGAAGGACUACUCCUACCACCAAUUACUCCAUGACCACUUCUUCCUACAACACCACCACCACAGGAUCCGGCAGCGUGAGAGGAGGCGGCGGCAGCACCUACUUCGGCGUCCAGGUCUUUAGUUUCGACGAACUCGAGGAAGCCACGGAGAACUUCGACCGAUCCAAGGAGCUCGGCGACGGCGGCUUCGGCACCGUCUAUUACGGGCUGCUGUACGACGGGCGAGCGGUGGCCGUGAAGCGGCUGUACGAGAACAACAUGAGAAGAGCCGAGCAGUUCAUGAACGAGAUCGAGAUCCUCGCGAAGCUCCGCCACAAGAACCUCGUGACGCUCUACGGCUGCACCUCGCGCCACAGCAGGGAGCUCCUCUUGGUCUACGAGUACAUCUCCAACGGCACCGUCGCGGACCACCUCCACGGCAGCCGCCGCCACUCCCCCGACUCCGACCUCUCCGCGUGGCGCGUGAGGAUGAACAUCGCGAUCGAGACGGCUGACGCGCUCGCGUUCCUCCACGCGUCUGACGUCAUCCACCGCGACGUCAAGACCACCAACAUCCUCCUCGACGACGACUUCCACGUCAAGGUCGCGGACUUCGGGCUGUCCAGGCUGUUCCCCACGCACGUGACCCACGUGUCCACGGCCCCGCAGGGGACGCCGGGCUACGUGGACCCGGAGUACUACCAGUGCUACCAGCUCACCGACAAGAGCGACGUGUACAGCUUCGGCGUCGUGCUGAUGGAGCUGGUCACGUCGCUCCAGGCGGUGGACACGUGUCGCCACCGCCACGACAUCAAUCUCGCCAACAUGGCGGUGAGCAGGAUACAGAAUCAGCAGCUGGAGGAGAUGGUGGACGCGUGUCUUGGGUUCGACAAGGAUUACGCGGUGAGGAGGAUGGUGACGUCGGUGGCGGCGCUGGCGUUCCGGUGUCUGCAGCAGGAGAGGGAGAUGAGGCCGAGUAUGAACGAGGUUUUGGCGACGUUGAGGAGGAUUGAGAGGGAGAAUGACGGUGGUGGGGACCAGAAGGCGGAGGUGGUGGACAUUAACAUUGCUGCCGAUGAUGAUGUUGGGCUUUUGCAGAAUGUUCCGCCGCCGGUGCUGUCGCCGGACUCCGUCGGGAAUGACAAAUGGCAAAAGGUGAUGAGAACGGUAUGAUCCAGUUUUUUUUUUUCCUUCUUUCAGAGGAUCAUAUUCAUAGUGUUAAUUAAUGACUACUUAUGUAAUGAGUAAUCCAGCUUGCCAAUUUUUAUUUUUAAUUUUUAUUGUAACAAGGAGUUACCAAGUUUUUAUCUUUCCACCACCAACCCGUGGCCGGUUUGUAUAUAGUAGUACUACUGGAACUUAAUUAAUUAAUUAGAGUUGGGUAGUGGGAUAUUUAGAAGCAAGCAGUAGCCACUUUUUGAAAGAAUGCCCAUGGAUUACUCGAUGGAUGAUGGUUCUAUCAUAAUCCAGAUUCGAUUUGAACAUAGAAAGUAUAGAUUCGCGUCGCUUACUUGUCGAAAGCAAAAAUGGAAUGUAAGUUUAUGAUAAAAAUAAAGGCUUUCUUCUUGUUCGAGCUAUGUCUGCUAUUAGGAGCUCGUGUGCCGCUUUUUUGAAGAUUGAUUAUCGUCUCACGCCAUCUGUGCGGUUUCACAUUUCCUCUUUCUGUGUCCUUUCGCUAUUUACCCUUAAUUACUUUCCCAGCUUUGAGUUCAUUUCCUUUAUUUUAUUUGAGGGACCACAUAUUUUGAGUAAUAAAAAACGUUUUCCAGACCAUGAACUGUCGAAAUUUGUGGAAUUGAACGAACUAUGUGGCACGAUACGAUAACCCAAUCCUUAAAUAUUAAAAGUUAAGUAUUAAUUCUCUAAAUUUUAUACAACAUUAAGACCAACUUAAUUAACAAUAGUAGUCGACGGUUCUAAUUCGUCAAAAAACCUGCACCGUUCUUAGAGUUUAGGAUUUAUGAUUUUGAUGAUUAGGACCUGGUGUUUACUUAUUAAGAACUAGGGUAUAUUAUCAUAUGUCUCAAAAUCUGAUUAUUUCGACGUGGAAAUAACUUUUUCUUAUUCAACAUAUGUGUUACUCUCAAAUUUAAUUUACCCCGUACAAUAUAAGCCACGUAUACUGAUAGUUGGGUAGAAGCUGUUUUUUUUUUACAAUGAGAAACUGUUUUUUAUUCCAAAACCCAACAAGGGAAACCAGUUACAUUCUUACAGCAGAGGAGAAAUAAGAUCGGCAAUAAUCAACCAAUCAAGUGGGAGAGAUCCCAUCCGUUCAUUACGUGCCACCCAAUCAGCAAGCCCAUUGAGACGUCGGGGAACAAACUCAAUAGAGAUCCAUGGAGCCGAAUGGAGGAGUGUAAUGAUACGUCCCAAGAUCGGUCGACAUUGCCAAGGCCAAAGGUCAGGAGCAAGCUUCAAGGCACUUGUCAGAAUCUGGCAAUCAGAUCUGAUGCAAGUCGAGCAAGCAUCCCGAACCGCACACAGGACUGCAUUAAGAAUUACAAAAACUUCCACUUGAAUAGGACAGGAACAAAAGACUUUCUCAGCCUUACCGUCCAAAACUUGACUAUGGGCAUUAGAAAUCGUGAUCCCAUAAGCCGCCUUCUGUGAAUCCGCACAAAACGAACCAUCACAGUGAAUUAUCCUCUGGAAAGGAUCUGGCGGUGGUGAAUGUUAUGCGUUUGUAUAUUAGUGGGCAGAAGCUGCUGCUGCUGCAGCCUGCAGGCUGGUGUUGGAUCGUGUAAUGUUAUGCGUGUCCCUUUUUAAAAGCGGCAACUUCUGUACGUGCAGAUCAAGGAAUCGAUGCCUUGACAAAAUACACACAUCCAUCCAUUUAUAUUAUGUUAAUUAGCUUGAUGAGGCAAUCCACUGGACUUAAUCUUCAUUUAGUUUACAAUGCUCAUUUUUUAUCCAGUCUUGUUGCGCAAUAAAAAUAAUAGUAAGCU